AUGCUGGGAAAUCGAAGAAGUGGGUACUCCUCGAUCGAAGGAGAUGUCUGGCAUGGGUCCAUGACGCACGAAGAAGCCGAAUACUAUCGCGGGCAGAUCGCCAUGAAUACAGAGGAAGAGAUCUUCUAUCCAGCACUCACAGUCGGUCAGACUAUCGACUUUGCCACACGUCUGAAGGCGCCCCAGCACUUACCGGACGGGACAGCCGACUGGAGCGAGUAUCGACGGCAAACUAACGAUUUUCUUCUGGACUCCAUGGACAUCACGCAUACAAAAGCUACCAAAGUUGGUGACGCCUUUGUACGAGGCGUCUCCGGUGGCGAGCGCAAGCGCGUCUCGAUCAUCGAGACAUUGGCUACUCGUGCUUCUGUCUUCUGCUGGGACAAUAGCACAAGAGGUCUCGACGCUAGCACGGCCCUGGAGUAUACAAAAGCAAUACGAUCAAUGACUGACGAGUUCGGCCUCGCCUCGAUAGUGACUCUUGUCACUGUGCCUACAGAGCGGCAGAUCAGUCCAGGAUUCGAGGCAACCUACCCAUCAUUGAGGUUCAGGUUGAUCAUCAACCUGCCAAGCCGCCCAUACAAAUGCCCGAGGCUGCACGAGGCUGUAUGA